CGCUUCCCUUCUCAUUCACUACGGAUUUUGUCGACUUCAUUAGUCCACUCCUGCGUUUUUAUUCUAAACGUGACCACAAAUCAAACCUCUCCUUCCUGUGCGUCUGCAAUCACGCACGCGGACUUUAGGUGCCCGGGCGAGGCGCACUUUAGUCCAACUUUUUUUUUUUUUACCUUCAUUCUUUUCUUUUACGCACAACCUGCCUGAGCAGCGUUCCUCGGCUCUGCGCGCCUCCACUUCUCUGGAUCAUGGAUAUAAUUUGGAUUGUGGGCUUCGUUGUGAGCGUCUGCGCCUGGUUUGCGUCAGCGGAGCGACACAGCGUCUACUGGAACAGCUCCAACCCCAAGUUUCUAAGGGACGACUACGCCGUGGAGGUGAAGCUCAACGACUACCUGGACAUUGUGUGUCCCCAUUACCCCCAGGGUGAGGUGCCGCUGCUGGACGCAGAGCGGUACGUGCUCUACAUGGUGGAACGAGAGGACUACGAUUCCUGCAAGCCCCAGUCAUACGACCAGAUGCGCUGGGAGUGCGGUCAUCCAUUCGCCCCUCACGCUCCAGAGAAGUUCUCUGAAAAGUUCCAGCGUUUUACUCCGUUUACUUUUGGAAAGGAGUUUCGUCAAGGAGAAAGCUACUAUUAUAUAUCCAAACCUUUGCACCAUCAUGGCCAAGAGUGUCUCAGGCUCCGGGUGGACGUCAUCGCAGCUGACGGCUCUCAAGCAGCCAGAGUGGCUAACGGAGGUGCGGGUGGGGCUGGAGUGGGAGCAGGGGGCGGUGUUCACAACCCCUCCAACAGACUGCCCGCAGCAGAUGACCCGGUUAUUGUUCUGCCGAAAGUCGAGAGCGUACGGACGGACGCCGCCGUGACGUCCACGUCGCUCUCGAUCCUCUCGUUGUUGGUCCCCUUACUACUCGUGUUGCUUUGAGAGGAUUCCCUUUUGGUUCGGGGACUAAAAUGAAGACAGUCUGUGGAGUUGGAAACCACUGACUCAAAAAAAAACACCCAGUGCUGGUCACCGGGAGAAACUUCCAAAGCUUGUAAAGUACAAACGGACCGGUGCAACAUGUUUGAGACAAAACACUGGUGCUCUGUCCAUUAUCCCCCCCAAAAGAUUUCAGUAUUUUUUUUUAGGCUCUUAAAAAAAUUCUAAAUAAACUUCUCGGAGGACGACACGUUGCUUCAGAUUCAUGAAGAAGUUGCAGAAGAACCUCAAGUGGAUGAAGAACAAUCAAUGCUAUGAUGGAAUACACGAGCAUCAGUGAACAACAGUGUUUUGAGCCAAAGAUCAGCCCUCCUAUCAACUCAUACUCUGUUCCACCUUCGAGUAUCGUAGACGUGUCGUUAUCAUCGUUGCUGAGUGGCAUUUGGUGUCUUAAGUGAUUAAUUUCUCUAAAUGUAGCAUCGACAGGUUCUCCUCACACACUGUGGCACUACUACACACACACACACACACACACACACACACACACGUUUCAUUGCAUUUUUUUACGUGUACAUUCUGUGAAGAUAAUUUAUGACAUUUGCAGCUGAGAGGAUUUACUGUACAUGAGCACACGAAAUGAAAUGUUUACUGACGGCGACGGCGUUUCUCGUCUCCGGAGGUGGAGGCAGUGCUUGCGUGAAAAUGUGAGAGAGUGUGCCUGAUCUGUUUGAUUUAAGAAAAAAAAAAAAAAGAAGAAUGUUAGGACGAAAUGCUUUUCUGCCAAAAGCAAACACUGAGAUGUAUGGCGGAGAGGCUGGACCUCUCUGUCUGUUUGCCCCCUGCUGUAGGUGGAGCUGUCUAUGAAGGGCUGGUUGGAAAUUAUUCUUUGGAGAAAAAAAAUUAGUUUUAGGUCAUUUAAGGAUAUAUUGAAGUCAUCAGUCCACUAGAGACGAGGCGCUGCAUCCAACAAGAGUUGCUGAUCUCAUCUUCAACGACGAGCACAACCACGUUUGACCUGACCGCCAUCUUUGUCUGUUUUUUUAACCUGGAUUCUCGUUGCCUGAUUUUGUACAUGUGUAAGAAACGUGUAAGAUAUGUGCAUAUGUAUAUGUAAAUAUAUAGAGAUUAUAUGAAAGACGAGUUUGAUAAAUGUGAAAGUUUUCAUGUGAAAUAAAAAAGAUAUUUUUUUGAAAACCAGAA